UCAUACCAAAUAAUUGAGAGCAAGACCAAGCCCUAGCUCGUCUUCUCUCUCAAAAUCGGCAGGUUUGAUUAUUUUCCUUUCUAAUUAGGAAUCUUUUGCUUAUAUUUUGCGCUCCAGAAGGAUCCCAUUUUGAAUUCCACCAAUAUGAUGCUGAAAUGAAAUAGAAGUAAUUCCGGAAGCUACUUGUUCCCGGGAAAUUGACGCGUUAAGUUCUCUUCAGCGAGCUGAAGCUCUUGGAGUUGACAAUUGUGUGUGCAUUUAAAAAUCUGAGGGUUAUUUUCUUGUUUAUUUGAAUUAUACACACUCUGAGCUUGUUAACAGAAUUAAUGGCGGGAGAUUCUAAAUAUUUUGAAGAAACCCAUUACGCAGAACCAGAAGCGAAUUCUCAGUCUCCAGCGAAGAAAAAGAAGAAGAGUGAAAAGAAGAAGAAACGAGUUCCACCUGUGAAUACAAAAAUCCAAGUCCUCAGCAACCAUCCUGAGAAAAUUCCACCAUUAGUUGGUUAUUUCCCCUCUGGAUAUGAUCCUAACAAGGAUCCCAAUGAGGAAGUGGUCGAGGAACAAAAUUCUGUAAGGGCUAAGGUUUAUAGGCACAAGAAAAAACCAAAUAGGAUGCAGCUGGUUGUAAGUCCAACAGGGUCGAAUGUGGAUUUUGUUGGUACCAAUUACUUGGGUGAGGCUACUGCUGGAAAACAACAUUGCAGCUAUGCUCUCGGUGUUCUCGAUAAGGCAACCCAAAGCUUAAAGAUUGUACCUAUUGCAUCAAAUAUGAUAUUUAGAUUGGAUCCUAAAGUUAGAGGUUCAGAUGUUCCUGAAAAUGAAUCCCCAAGUGUGGCGAAUGACGAGCUCUCUGUGCAGGAGAAAGCUGAUAGAAUGAGAGAGCUCAGCAAUCUCUAUGGAACGAAGAAGUCGAUAAAACAGGCAAAGAAGCUGCUUUCUUUGAAGCAAGAGGAUGAUCCUGAGACCAAGAAGGAUCUAGAUGGGAAAAUGAAAAAUGUCGUGGUAAACAAAGAGGCGUUGGAAAGUUCGAAUGCACAAAUUUCUCGUAAUAUACCGACAUAUAAUGCUUCUGCAACGACUCCACAAGAAGCUUACCCCCUCGACAAGAUUAUCCUCAAGGGAGAAUGGGGUUUCCUGGAAGAUCUUUAUUUCCUUUUGCAAGCAGAAUCUGAAAUAAGUGCCAAUUAUCCAUCCUUUGUCCGCAACAGAAUUUAUAAAUUGCAAGACAUUCAGGAUGAGGAAGAGAAAAAGAAGCUCUGCUGCAUAUAUUCAUACAUCACUCAUCUAAUAAAGUACAAGGAUCAGCAUUCUAUGGAUGGCGUUUCUUCUGUUAAGGGCCAUAAAAUUCCUAGCAUGCUACGACAAAAGUUCUCAUCCAUGUUUUCAACUACGGAGUCGAGAAGACUUUCAGCAGAGAAAACCGAUCUUCUCAUUAGCCACGUUUUGGUGCUCGCGUUAUUUCCCGAUGAAUUCAGCAGUGAUCCAUCAGACAUAGCUAGGGAUCUGAGAACUAGUCCUUUCACUCUAAGAGUCCAUUAUGACAAUCUGGGUUGCAAGUUUAUACGCAAGAACAACUUGUCAUUGGUUACGCUUCCUGUCCCGCUUCAAUUUCCCGAGUUGAGGCGAAAGAGACGACGAUAAGCAAGAUGGUUAGAUUGUAGUAGUUACACUGUUGUUGUAAGUUAAAGAAGUUGAAUUCUGUAUAGGAAAAGGUCGAGCAGUUUUGUUGAGUAAAACGGGUAAAUGUUCAUAUUGAUAAAUUUCAUGUGUUCUUUUUUUCACAUUGUAAAUGGCAACUUCUUUCCAUGAAACAGCUCUGUGGCAUAGAAUGGCGUUUUCUUAUUUGGAAGUUGGAACUUUGGAUGGUGAAGCUUAAUGAGACAGAGUCAAAUGAUGAGGUUUCGUUUCUUCUUCC